AUGAUGACCUCUUCGAGGCCUUACAAACGUAAGAGGUCACCCAAAGUGUCCACCGAGACCAUAGCAAAGUGUUUCUGUGAUCGUGCAUCUCCGGAGAGCUCGAUCGGAGGAAUUCCUGAAGACGACAUCUCACAAGUCCUCUUGUAUGAAGAGUUCCAACACCUCGAACUUUAUACUCAGAAACAAUACUUCGAUGGUAUAUGCAAAGCUUUACACGACCAAAAAUAUUUCAGCAAAUGGUGUCCUCGCAUUGAUAUGAUGAUUCUUCAGCAUUACGAUAAAGAUAAUCGAUUGAGCAAGGAGGAGGUGGAAGAAGCCUAUGCCCUACAAGAGGACUUAAAAGAAAAAUGGAGAUUGUCCAAGCCACCUGUAGUGAUUCCAAACCCAAGAUAUGCACGUCCAAGGAUGAGCGAGCACACUUACUGGUACGACAACAAUCUUCACUGGAGCUCAGAUAAGUCGGAAUUUGAGCUCGAAUAUGCUCAAGACCGCGAACGACGACUUCAAUAUAAACCAGAUGCUACCGAGAAUCUAUCACGCGAAUAUGGCUUCCUCUAUCACAUAUCUUCCUCACUCCUGUGGUAUCGCUUCGCCAUUUUCAUGGGAGAAAUUGAGAAUUCUCCGACCGAUAAUUACAAGUCUUCUUUGGAUAUAAGACUCUGGCAUGUGGAUGGCGUUAGCACCCUCAGACUCUGGGAUAGUAAAGGAGGGGUCAGGGGAAGGUUUGAUGGCUUGAAGGAGUCCCAGACUGAUGCCCUGCAAUUUCUCAAUUUCGUGGCCGGGUUCAAGUUUCCUCAUCCUUAUGACGGGGUGAUAGCUGAGACAGUAGGUUGA